AUGCCUCUCGAGACGACACUUGACGUCGUCCAUGCGACGUCGGCGUCGUCGCACGGGGAAGCGCGUGCUUCCGCGCGUCCGGGCCCGAAGGCCCCACGGGGUCGAUGGCGGAUAGCCGUCGGUCUUUGGCGCGUCAUUGCCGCAGUGCCUCACGCGGUCUUGGCGGUACUUCAGCGGGUGCGCGGGGGACUGGCGAGCGGGAAGGCUCGGCGCGCAUUGACGAGGCGUGUGAUGCGGCAGAUGGUGGUGGUGCACGAGGAGGAGACGGAAGUGGUGCUCGAGGCGUUCUGCUCCUUCUUCUUCCUGCUAGCGGCGUACUUCGUGUGCCAGCCGCUGCGCGACGAGGCGGCCAUGAGUCUGGGCACGGGCGCGCUGCCAGGGCUCUUCCUCGCGUCGCUCGCGUCCACCGUCGCCGCUGCUCCGCUGUCGUCCGCGCUGCUCUCGCGCACGGACAUCAGCAAGGGACAGGCCCUGCUGCUGUUGUACCGUUUCUUCUCGCUCUGCCUGCUCGGCUUCUUCUGCCUCUACCUCCUCGUGCCACCGCCUGCCACUCUCCCUGCUCUGCCCACGCUACCAGACGAGCUGGUGGAGGAGGGCGGGCAUGCGGUGCAGGCGGCAGUGUACCCGGAUGCGCCUGGCCAGCUCGCUGUCUUUGCUGACGUCUCACUGCCUUUCCUUGCUGUCCGAGCCGGCCUCUUUCUCUUUGUGGCGCUGCUGAAUCUGUUCGCUAUAGCUGCCAUGUGGGCUCGCCUCGCCGAUGUCAUGACCAGUGAGGCGGGCGCGCGUCUGUUUGGGUUCAUAGGUGCGGGUGCCACGUUCGGCCAGCUCGCAGGCUCAUUGCUCGCCUCCUCGCUCGCUGCACUGGGGCCCUAUCUGCUCAUCCUAUCAGCCGUGCUCAUGGAGGUGGCAGCGCGCUGCUCCACACUCAUAGACGACGGCUCCUCGCUGCCCCACUCCAUGCACUCGCACGCGAGCGACAGCGACACUCAUGCCUGCACGCAUGGGGACAUGCCAGGGGAGGGGCACGGGCAUGGAUGGUGCUCGCAUGCCCGCCCACGCAAGGGCAAGGCCGUGCCGCUGCUGCACCACACUGCUCUGUAUGCCCCUACAGCCAUCGCUGCUGCGCCCUCCCCCUCUCCUCCCCUCAUUACUCCCGCAGCAGACACACCCUCCCACCCGCUCCUCACCCCCCCAGUCCCUACAGACACCGCUUUCUUCCCCUCCCCAUUCCUUCCCCUCCCCCCUCCCGCCCAGCCCUCUCCCGUUCCCCCUUCCGCGCCCUGUCUGCUGCAUGCGCGCGUGGGAGGGGAGGAAGGGACAGAGAAGGGCGGAGGGGGCGGACUUGGGGCUUGUGGGUUGCAUGAGAGGGAGUUAGGGGGUGGAGGAGAGGAGGGGACGAAAGGUGGGGGCGCAUUGUGCAUUCGCUUUGGCUGUGCUUCUCAGGAUCAAGAGGCAACGUUUGAGUUGACGCAAAUGUUCCCUCAUGCAUCUGGAGACGGAACGGCUGUAGAGGUGGGUGGGCAGCGGGUAAGAGGAGGAGGUGGGGGAGAGGCGAGGGAAGGAGAAAUGGCGGGGCGAGGACCCAUUGGCGCAUGUGUUAGGGAGAGAAGGGUAGGUGCAGUGCUGCGGUCUGCUGUGUCGUGGCCCCAAAGCCUGGCAGAAGCUGCUGCUGCCGAGGGGCGGGGGGAGGAGAGAGCGUGUGGCAGGAAUGGCGGAAAGGGGCUGAGGGGAGGACGACGAGGAGCGGGGAACACAGUGGGCAGAGAGUUUGAGGGGGAGAGAGCUGCAGAUAGCAUUGCAAGGCCUUCUGGGAUGGCUGAAGAGAGAGGCAGGGAUGCAGCAGUGACGAAUGGAAUUGGACAUGAAAGAGGUGCAGUGACAGGGGGAGCAGCAGGUGCAGUGAGAGUAGAGAGGGGGGAGUUGGUUUGGAGGAAGAGGGGUGAUCGAUCGGGUGUGCUGGGUACAGGGGAGGAGGAUGGGGUGGGGGAAAGGCUUGGUAGAGGGGAGAGUGGCAGUGGUCUGACCAAUGUUGCUGUUUUUCGGAGCACAAGUGGUGGUGCCGCUGUGCCCACUGGAGUGGAUGCAGGGGUAUGUAUCGGGCUUGCAGUGCAACAGAAGCACCUGAAAGGCCUCCUGAAAGGACACCUGGGAGGAGACACGGGCGUGCAGGCAGGAGGACAAGCAGCACGUGAAGGGUACGGAUCACUCAUGCACUCGGUGUCCACGCAGCAAGAGCACGUGGAUCAUGGUCGAGGCAGUGGAGCUCGCUCCUCUCUAGCAGAGGGAGCAGUGGGGGCAGCAGCAGCAGCAGCAGCAGCAGCAGCAGCAGCAGCAGCAGCAGCAGAGGGAGAGGCAGGUUUGGACCUGGGGAAUUCACCAAGCAAGCUGAAGCCGAGACCAUUGUGGCAGUGGCAAUGGUUGCGCUUGCAGGCUCCCUGGCAAGGGACCGUGAAGCAGGAACGAGCAGAGCAGGGCGGGCGAGGGGCGCGUGAGGGAGCAGCAGAGAGGGAAGUGAGGGUGGCAUGCAAUGAGGGUAUUGGGAGAACGGGGGAGAGUCGGCCAUUGCGGGCGUGCCACUCACUGCCGUGCAGAGCAGCAGGUGGGGCAGAGGUGCAGAGAAGUGUACAGGCGUGUGUGCAUGGAGGAGUGGGAAGGGGAAUGGGGGAUGCAGCUGUGUGCCGCAGCUGCAUGGGAGAUGUGAAGGGGCGGAUGGGGGAGGCGAGAGGCGCGGGGGAAGCAGUAUUGCAGGGGGAAGGGAGAGGAGAAGCGUGUGAGGCGAUGGCACAAGGGUGGGCGGCGCGGGCAGAUGGGCCAGGCAGCGAUGGCGUAUCCAGGGAUGGCUUUUCGGGCCUGCUGUGUUCACACUGUCAUUCUCAUGAGCCCACAGUAGCAGCAGCAGCAGCACGAGCACAGCAGGCUGAGUGGUGUGGGCCGGAUAGCAGUAGGCAGAGCAAUGCAAGGAAUGGCGGUGAUGCGGGUGAGGGGUGGUGCUCUGUGGGGGCAGAGCGGGGAUCAGGGGCGGCAUUGACUGCGAACCAUGAUGGCCCUGGGUGCAGGGGCAGCAGCACAGGCAGGGCGAGCAGCAGGGGUGCACGGCAGAGUGGGGGGUUGCGGGAGGUGGUGGCGGGAGUGCGGCUGGUGCUGUCAUCAUCGUAUCUGCUGCAUGUGUGCGCCUUCCUCAUGCUCACUGCUGUCGUCUCCUCCUUCUUUUACUUCGAGAGAUCGUCAGUGGUGGCAACAUCGGUGGUGGAUCCAGUGCAGAGGCGCAAGGCCAUAGCCAACAUCAACUCGCUCUCUGCAGUCGCCACAGUCGUCUUCCAGCUCACUCUCACGGGUCGUCUGCUAACAACGUUUGGGGUGGCAGCAGCACUGGCAGCGUCGCCAGUGGCAGCACUGAUAGGCAUGGCGGCCAUUGCAUGGCACCCCACACCCCUUGUGGUCGCCGGCUCUGAAGCCCUGCGCAAGGUGGUGACAUACGUGUUGACACGGCCCAGUCGUGAGAUUUUGUUCACCGUGGUGACACGCGAGGAGAAGUACAAGGCCAAGGUGACAAUAGACACGGUGGUGCAGCGCCUGGGCGAUGCAGCAGCAGCGGGCUUCUUCCGCCUGCUGGGCGGGGUGUUCCUCCUGGGGCCCUCUGGCGUUGCCACCUACACUGUGCCGGUCUGCGACAGCAAGCCAUGGCGCGCAUGCAGCAGGGAGGGGGGCCACCAGCUCCCAAACGUGCACAAGGCCUCUGAUUUGGAAGUCUAG